AUGAAGCACUCUCCCGGCCCUGCCCGCGGCGGCAAGCUAAACGAGUAUCGCAUCCUGGAGAAGAUGGCGGCGGGGAGCUUCGGAGUCAUCUUCAAGGUGCGCCGCGUGACGGAUGACGCGAUCCUCGUCAUGAAGCGCAUCGCCCUCGCCGACCUCGACGCGGAGCAGCGCAGGGAGGCGGCGCAGGAGACGCACGUGAUGAGCCGCCUGCACCACCCCUACAUCGUCGCACAGCGGGACGCGUUUCUCUUCAAAGACAGCCUCUGCAUCGUGAUGGACUACUACGACGACGGCGACCUUGCGGCCCUCAUCACGCGACAGCGCGAGAAGGAUGAGUACCUGCCGAUGGAGCAGACGCUGGCGUGGUUCGCGGAGGUAAACCUGGCAAUGCACUACUUGCACGACAAGGGCAUCGUCCACCGCGACCUCAAGACGCACAACCUCUUCCUCAACUCCGACAGCGGGGAGGUGGCGGUGGGGGACUUUGGCGUGGCCGAGUUUGUCGGCGCGGCGGGGGGCGGCACGAGUCGGAGUCCGUUCACCACACCGCUGACGCCUGUCUCGCGGCAGCUGUUUGCGAGGCGGCGCGACAGUGAACUGUUUGGCGACGGCAGCACGUGCAGUAGCGGCGGCGACGCCGUCAACGGCCCUUUUGGCGGGGCGGUGCGGGGGACGUUGCUGUACAUGGCGCCGGAGGUGCUUGAGAGCGGCGUCUGCAGCCCCAGCUCCGACGUCUGGUCGCUUGGGUGCAUCUUGUACGAGCUGCUGAGCCUCCGCCACCCGUUUGAGUCGCGCGACAUCGCGGCUCUCAUGGUGCGGGUGAUGGCGGGGGCCCGGCCGCCGCCUCCCGCGCACUACCCCGCCGAGGUUGUGCAGCUGCUCGACCGCAUGCUCUCCCUCGACGCGGCGCGGCGGCCAAGCUGCGAGGAGAUCCUACGCUCCCCCGUGAUGAGCGCCUCCCUGCAGAAGGUGGUGGAACAGCGGGCGUCACGCACGGCGCAUGACCCCGAGGCGGCCCGCACGUGGGCGGCGCAGCUGCAGCGGCUUGGCAUUCAUAGCCACGCGCCGGUCCCGCGCCUGCCGUACCUGCGCGAGCGGCGUCCGGCGCUGCCGCCGUCGCGGGAGCGGGCGUUGGCGGAACCGCUCGCCGUCCUCGCGUCGCCGCGGCCGGAGUUGCCGCCGUCGCCGUACACCCCCUCCCUUGGCAGGAACCUCUCUCCAACGUGGGUGCCGCCGCUGCCGUUGCGCCUGGACCAGGGCCACAGCCCCCGCCCACGCGACAAGGAGUAUGUCCUCGACACGGAGAGGGAAAAGCGUGGCGACGGCGCCGGGGACACCUUCUCGCGCUCCUCAUGGAAGCCGGGUGGCGGCAACGUGGAGGACAUGCGUCACAUGCCGCUAGAACUUAUAGAGGCGGAGGUGGCGCGCUACCGCCAGCUGGUGCAAAGUGAAAUGCGGAGGCAGAAGCGGCAGCGGGAUGCGGCGCUGCAUGAGAGCCGUUUUGGCCGCGAGGCCGCACCCACAAAAUAUUACUACAACAGCCUUGCGCGGCUGGGGCAUUCCACUACCACACCCUUUGGCAUUCCGCAAACGCAUCAGACGGUAAUGAGCAGCGGGCCGCUGCCGCCUUCAUCGUCGCCGUCGCCGCUGCCUGUACCCGCGCCCGGCUGGGAAAAAGCAAACAUCGACAGCCAGUCCUCGGCUGUGGCGGCCAGGUGGCCACAGGGAAGCCUGGAGGCCUCAUUAGCGGCGCGGCGGCAGCGGCGUAUGGAGGCGGCGAUAGGGGUUCUAGGGUCUGCCGUCUUUUUCGCCGUCUACACGUACUACAGAAGCGUAGAGGUGGCGGAGCGGGAGGUAGCGUUCGUGAUGCAGCUGGUGCCGGAUCGCACCCAGUGGCACGUGUUGCCUGUUGUUGAGGAGGUUGUCGUCAUUGAUCGCCUGCUGGAGCGCAUGGGGGCUACCGGCACGUGA